AUGGAUAAAAUAAAGAAGCUUAAUUUAGAUUCUGACUAGUUUUCAGUUGACUACUUAAGACCAAUUCCAUUCCUCGUAAACUCAAAUAAUUUUUAUUGGAAUGAGAAUAGCAUGCUUAAUAAUUUAUAAUGGAAUUAUACUCUUCAAAUCAACAGUGAUAAAUUGAGUUAGGUAAAGGAAAUUAUAUAGAAAGCUUGUUUUACUUAGGUCAGUGAUCAAGAAUUCAAAGUACAAAACAAUUUAUAGCAUAGUUGAUUUAAGACUUUUUAGAAAAUGACGAGUAUUUAUUAAAAAAUUGUGGUUUUACUACAUAAAAAUUACCCGAUUUAAUAGAAAAUAAUGCAAACUUAGUAUUCCUUUUCUUAGUGAAAAAUGUGAAGUCUUCUGAUUUCUAAGAGUAAAAGUACUUAAUAAUUCAAGUUAUUUGGAUGUUUUAAUCAAUAUUGAUGUUACUCCUGCUACAAUUGAGUUAUUUGCGAUGAUAAAUUAUUCGAUGAAAAUACCUCCUGAUUUCGUUACAUAUUAUGUGUAUUAUUGUAUUUAAUAUUGUAAUAAUAUUAAAGUAAAUUAUAAUAUACAAUCAAAUAGGAAAAAUCAACAUAAACGAAAAUAGUUAAAUAUGUCAGCAUUUUCAUUCGCCAUUUUUUAAAAACUAAGGCAAUUAUGACUAAAGAUCUUCUGACUGAAGUAAGCUUGCUAUAAUUAUAUAAGCUACAAGCAUUUUGUAUAGAAUUUACCAGGGUUAAUGAAGUAUCUCAACUUUUCAAAUCAGUAAAAGCUUUCAAUGAAUUAGGAGCAUGA